AUGGCGGACGAAAUUGGAAGCCGGUUCUCCCCCAAUAAGCCGCUUGAGCCUGAUGUCCUCAGCGAACUAGAAUCCAUUAUGCGCCUUCAUGGCCUCUCGGCCGAGGAUCUCUUUUUCAAGUGGGAGUCGUAUUGUAUAAAACUGGAUCUUGAUGCUCAGGCCCUAAGUCUCGAACUUCUUCGGAACCUCAAGCAGAGCAUCCAAGAUGAGCUCGAAAACAGCCAUCGAAAAGUCCAGGUCAAGACCGAGAGAAAGGUCGCCAAUACACCGAGAGGCACAGCAAAGGGCGGCGAUGUUUUUGGGAUGUUAGAUGGGCUUGUUCCCAGCACUCCAGCGUCGGGGGCAAAGUUGAAUAGGGGUGCUGCGAGUGGCAGUGCUGUUAAGAGAAAGACGGAGACGCCUAAAGGGCUGAUGAGCUCGCCAGCGACAGGUAUGAGCGAGCAGCUCAAGUCGUUGAAUGGACUACCGCCCACAUCAUUCAGUGAUCGAGCAAAUCCAGGAGAGACUGUUGAAAUUCUCAACGAUCGCCUCAAUGCCGCCGAACCACCGAUUGCACCCUUUGCCGAGCCUCGAGUAAAGCUCACAGCCGCCUCAGAUCAAAAGAAGCUGGGAUACAAGCCAUUGGCCAUGAAACUCUCCGAGGCCAGCGAAAUCCUCGACGACCGGAUCGAUAACUUCAUGGCUCUUAUACAGCAACAUCAUAAGAUCGAUGAGAACGAGUUCGGCAGUGCCGCUGCGCAAAGUACAACUGAGGUCGUUGCUGUUGGCCGCAUCGCUUCUGACUCCUCAGAAGGAAAACUAAAUGCGGCGUCACUGGUACUGGAAACCUCCAGACGAACAGGAAUGGGCUUGCGGGUACCCCUAAAAAUGGACAACAUCCGCUCAUGGAACUUUUUCCCUGGCCAAAUCGUAGCUUUCCGGGGUGCCAACGCCUCAGGAAACGAAUUUGUCGUGAAGGAGGUUCUCGAGGUCCCUCUACUUCCCAGUGCUGCCUCUUCGCCCUCCGCACUAGAGGGGCAUCGUGAGAGGUUCCGUGGUGGCCCUGAUGCUAUGGACGAAGAUUCAGAACCUGCACCUUUGAGCAUUCUCUACGCCUCUGGUCCUUACACUGCUGACGAUAAUCUCGAUUUUGAGCCACUUCAUGCGCUUUGCAGUCAAGCAGGUGAUACUUAUGCAGAUGCGCUUGUCCUUACGGGGCCGUUCCUCGAUAUCGAUCAUCCCCUUAUUGCCACGGGAGAUUUCGAUCUUCCAGAAGAGGCAAACUUUGACCCCGAUACAGCUACUAUGGCAACAGUAUUUAAAUACCUUGUUGCUCCCGCUUUCAACCGCCUUGCAGCCUCCAACCCGCAGAUCACCAUCAUCCUUGUCCCGUCCGUCCGCGACGUAUUGUCAAAACAUGUCUCGUGGCCUCAAGACUCGAUUCCUCGUAAGGAACUCGGCCUUCCCAAAAUGGUCCGCAUUGUCACAAACCCUAUGACUCUUUCGAUCAACGAACUUGUCCUCGGUGUCUCAUCGCAGGAUAUCCUGUCCCAGCUCCGCUCGGAAGAGGUUGUAUCACGUGGCGGUGGACAACCUGGAACUGAUCUCAUGAGUCGGUUGUGCCGGUACCUAGUUGAGCAGCGACAUUACUUCCCGCUGUUUCCUCCUACAGAUCGCUCUAAGCUACCUAAAACUGGCACGGAAGAUGGUUUGGCUACUGGGGCUGGUUUAGACUUGAGCUAUCUUGAACUAGGAGAGAUGGUGAAUGUCAGGCCAGAUGUCAUGGUUGUACCUAGUUUGCUACCUCCAUUUGCAAAAGUCGUCGAGAGUGUCCUCCUUAUCAAUCCUGGUUACCUUUCUAAGCGCCGCGGCGCAGGUACCUACGCACGAAUGACAUUAUAUCCUCCCCCAGUGUCAAAUGGAAGCGGCGAAGACAUGAUGGGCCAUCAAAUAUACGAUCGUGCUCGCGUAGAGAUUGUCAGAAUAUAG